CGAGUCUAGCCUAAACCCGCCUAACCCACCAAUCCACAUCGACCGAGUACACAGAUAUUAGAAGAAGCGGAACAACCUGCAGGCGCGCAGUGUAUCCGUACCAACCGUAGACAUCACAGCGACGUGACUUCGUACUUUUUUUGAAUCCCAUCAAACAUUGUUUAAUCCAGCAACACCAUGGCGCUCGUCGACCAAUUCAACAAAGCCGCUGCUGAUGUUAAGAACUUGAAGUCUAUGCCUUCGAAUGAUGAUCUUCUCGAAUUGUACGCUCUGUUCAAACAGGGUAGUGUUGGUGAUGUUAAUACAGACCGACCUGGAAUGUUGGACAUGAAAGGCAAAGCCAAGUGGGACGCCUGGAAUGGAAAGAAGGGUAUGUCCAAGGAAGAAGCCAUGCAGAAAUACGUCGACAAGGCCGCAGCGCUGGUCGCCUCCAUUGGCCUGCAAUAAGCAGCACAAUUAGACAAAUUAAGCGUGUUGCGAUGCAGCUGUGCUCGCCACGGGACUGGGCAAUUUAGUUACUACUUUUUAUAUGAUACAUCUGUACUAAAAAAAUUUAAACUGAACGGAAAUUUUACACUCUCGCCUUAUUCUUGCUGAUCAAGAAAAGCACGAGGUUUUUGUACACUGAAAAUGCAUCACAUAGUUGUUUUAGUGAUUAUUUCUGGGCAAUGUUAGUUUUGUGAAAUGUGAAAAUUGUUUAUUACUUUGUAGUAAUUGUGAACUUCUUGAUUAUUAGUUAUUACACGUUUUACAAUGUCACAACAA